AUGAAGCUGUCCCUGCUGCUGGUCCUUUGCUGUUGCCUUUUGGGGCUGGCCCUUGGCGACUCUUUAUUGGUGACCAUGCCACCAUUUAUACGCAGUCGCUACAGUCUGCGCUGGCGAAAGACCACAACAACCACAACAAUGGCUCCGCCGGAAGCCACCACCGCUCCGGCCUUGCCAGCCCAGGAGGCAGUGACUCCCAGUGUUCCGCCCAGGUUGGCCACCUCCACCGCCAAUGUGGAUUACGAUUAUUACGGCAACGGUGAAUCCGAUAAUACAGUGCACAAGUAA